UUGAGUUAGGUUUAAAGUUCACUUCUAACAUGGUAUCAGAGUCAUAGUUAAAAUAAAAAUGUCUAGCUUAGUGAGAUUUCUUGAACAUUCUGUUCCACCCGCUAUUGGGUUGCUAACUGUCAAGAGCAAGCUGUUACGAUAGCCUACAUUAAUUGUAAAUUUUUUAUUUAUUGCGUUUUAAUUAGUUGAGAUUUUGUUUUAAUAUUAGGAAGAUUGUAAUAAGAAUAAAAUCCCGUAGUUAUAGGGAUUUAUUCUUUCUAAGUAUAUGGUCUGUUACAUAUGUAUAUGUUUAAAUAGGUCAAUUGACCUAAUAAUCAUCAAUAAGGAAAAAACAAUUAUUCCCUUCUGUUUACAAGAUGGUAUCAGAGCUCCUGAUCCUAGGAGUCUCUGACCAUAUCCCAAAACAGUGAAUCGCAGUUGUCACUGCUGUGCAGUCUUUACCCAUUCUGUUUCACCGCUGCCUCUGUUUUUUCUUUUUUUUUUUCCCACUGCAGCCUUCAACGCUGUUUUUAUUUAUUACUGCAGCCCAUUGCUGCAUCUUCAAGCAGUCUUCAUCACUCUGCGAUUGUCUUCCUGCAGCCUUCAUUGCUGCACUUUAUUUUUCCCAUUCCUUUAUUCUUGCUGCUAUGGCUGAGGCAGUGAAUUCUAUCCCUGAUUCAGGUGACAAAUUCGUCCCUAAUAAUGGAGAAUUGCAGAAUAUUCACUCUGCAUACAGAUUCAACGGAAAGAACUAUCUUAAGUGGUCCCAACUUACACGAACCAUAUUAAAAGGCAAAGGCAAGGGCAGUCAUCUUACAGAAAAUCCUCCUAGUGAAACAGAAACCAGAUUCAGAUCAUGGGAAGAAGAAGAUUCAAUGAUUAUGGCGUGGCUUUGGAAUUCUAUGAUACCUGAGAUUAGUGACACGUGUAUGUUUCUAAACUCAGCCAAAGAGAUUUGGGAGGCAGUCGAACAAACCUACUCAAAGGCUAAGGAUGCUGCCCAAAUAUAUGAAGUGAAGGUAAAAACUGUGGGAGCUAAACAAGGCAAUAAAUCUGUCACAGAAUAUGCUAAUCAGCUCAAGUCCUUGUGGAUGGAAUUGGAUCAUUAUCGUGUGAUAAAAGCAAAGUGUUCAGAGGAUUCAGUUCUACUCAAUGAGUAUAUUGAGCAAGACCGUGUAUAUGAUUUCCUGGUGGGCCUAAAUCCUGAAUAUGAUCAGGUUCGGAUUCAAAUUCUAGGCAAAGAAAGAGUUCCAAGUCUGAAUGAAGUCAUAGCCAUUAUCCGAAGUGAGGAAAGUAGAAGAAAUCUGAUGUUGGAAAUUCCUACUGCUGAGAGUACCGCAAUGAAGGUAGAAGAUGGAGCGGCAAUGGUGGUUAACCAAAAGAAGAAUAUUUUUCCAGCAGGGGAAAAGAAACAAGAAGAAGUGUGGUGUUCUUAUUGCAAGAAACCACGUCACACAAAGGAGAAGUGUUGGAAACUACAUGGGAAACCACCAAACCGAGAAUGGGGCAGCCAAAGAUUUCAUACCCAAAAGAGGGGAGGCCAAGGACAAGUAAAUUCUGUAAUCGGACAGAAUGAAGAGAUGGGGCAACUGAAUCACGAAGAAAUAGAAAGAGUAAGAUCCUUUCUAAGUAAGAUGGACAAGUCUACAGGUAUGUGUACCUUGAUACAUUCUGGACAGGAACUCGGGGAGGACGAUUGGACGUGCUAAAGAAUGGAAUGGUCUCUAUUACAUAGAAAAUCCCAAUUUGUCUACCAAAAGUCACUCUCUUGUUACAGAAUCUGCCAUGACCGAUAAAGAAAAAAUUCAUCUUCACCAUUGUCGGAUGGGGCAUCCUUCAUUUCAAAUUGUAAAAACUAUCUUUCCCUCUUUAUUUAAAACAUAGAUAUAGGGAGUAUGUGUUGUGAAGUUUGCGAGUUAGCCAAACAUAGACGUCUCCCUUUUCCUAUUAAUAAUAAAUUGAGUGAUCAACCUUUUUCUCUUGUUCAUACUGAUGUCUGGGGUCCUGCGAAUAUUCCAACUUUUUCAGGUGCUAAAUGGUUUUUAACUUUUAUUGAUGAUUGUACUAGAGUUACUUGGAUUUUUUUAUUAAAACACAAAUCUGAAGUCAGUUCCAUGUGUAUAAAUUUUGUCUCAAUGAUCAAAACUCAAUUUGGUGUCACCAUUAAGAAAAUCAGAUCUGAUAACGCCAAGGACUAUUUUAACAUAACUUUAAAUUCUUUUUGUCAAAAAGAAGGUAUUAUUCAUGAGUCUUCGUGCAUUCACACACCUCAACAAAAUGGGGUGGCUGAGAGGAAAAAUGGGCAUCUUCUAAAUCAUACCAGAGCCCUUCUUUUUCAAAAUCAUGUCCCCAAAAAUUUUUGGGGGGAAGCUAUUCUCACUGCCACAUACCUAAUCAAUCGUUUACCCUCAAAACUUCUAAAUUUACAAAGUCCUAUGCAGGUCCUGUCCUCAUUCUAUCCCCACAUAGAGUCCUCAAACAAACUUCAACCUAGAAUAUUUGGGUGUAUAGCUUUUGUCCAUGUUCACAAUAAUGAAAGGGGAAAACUUGAUCCUAGAGCUGUCAAGUGUGUUUUUGUAGGUUACUCAAACACACAAAAGGGUUAUAGAUGUUACCACCCUAUAUCUAGAAAAUUUUAUGUGUCUAGAGAUGUUACCUUUCAUGAACAUAAAAGUUAUUUUAAGGAAUCUCAUCUUCAGGGGGAGAGUAUAACAAAGGAAGAUGAACCAUUAAGGGAAGAUGAGCUUCUAAUAUUCUCAAGACCUGAAAUUAAUCCUGGUGUGGUGAACAUGGACAGACCUGAAAAUAGUCCAACUCAACCUGAAAUUGAAAUACAACCAGAGACCGAAACUACUAUCACCAAAACUCAA